AGUCAGCUGUCAAGUGCUUUUUGUGCAACUUUUUGGACAUUCGGCAAAACAAAUUGCGACGGAAUGAAAAGUCAGUGUGCAAUUUUUACCUGCAAAUUUAGUGUCUUGUAGGUGGGCAGAAGCUAUCGAGAUGUCCACAAAAGUUGUAGCCACGGCUACAGUCCGUGCCAUCAAUCGCAAAUUGACUCCAACCAGGGCAGCUCUGGUUUUGACUCCUGCUGCUGUCAACAGGAUCAAGAGGCUCCUGGAAGGGAAGAGUGAAUACGUUGGACUGAAGGUCGGCGUGAAGCAGAGAGGAUGCAAUGGACUUUCCUACACGCUGGAUUAUGCUAAAGCAAAGGAUAAAUUGGACGAGGAGGUAGUGCAAGACGGUGUCCGGGUGAUUAUAGACAAGAAGGCGCAGUUGUCACUCCUUGGAACUGAGAUGGAUUUCGUGGAGAACAAGCUCUCGGCGGAGUUCGUUUUCAAUAAUCCCAACAUCAAGGGCACCUGCGGAUGCGGCGAGUCCUUUAGUAUGUAGAAAUAGUAGUUUGGGCAAUCUCAGAAGUAG